CGGAAGUGGGUCCGCCGCAUUAAUGUCUUCGCAGGGAACAAGGAAACAGCUGCUGCAGCGCUGCAGGUGGAUGAGUCCUGACUGUUCGCUGUACACAGGUGUAUACUUCACAGGUAACGUGAAGCUGUGCUGCCUUCAGGGUCCUGUGUCUCCGAGCUUUAUCACGUUACAACAACAACAACAACAACAACAACAACAACAACAACAACAACAACAUGGGUCUGCUGUCUGACCCGAACAGGAGACGGGCUUUGAUCAGCCUGCUCACCCGCCUCAACGCUCCAAUCUGUGUGGUCUGCUACAUGGCGGGCGUGGCCUGGUUCAUGGGGUUAGCGUUCGAGCCCUUCACUCUGCGGACGUACAUGUCAGAGAACGCCAUGGGGUCCACGAUGGUGGAGGAGCGCUUUCCAUCGGGGGAGAGGGCGCUGGCCACGGGCAGGGAGUUUUCAGCCCAUAAGAAGAGAGCAGGUGGGAUGCCGGUGGAUUGGCUGGUGAAAACCAUGCAGGCUCGAGGGUUAGAGGUGUUUACCCAGAGGUUCUCUCGUACGCUGCCUUUCCCUGAUGAAAACAAAGAGAGAUAUAUGGUGAAAGGCACAAAUGUAUACGGGAUCCUUCGGGCUCCCAGAGCUCCACGGACUGAAGCCCUGGUGCUGAGUGCCCCCUGCACCCCAGGAGACAACAACAACCAGGCAGUGGGGCUGCUACUUGGCUUGGCACAGUACUUCAGGAAUCAGAUUUUCUGGGCCAAGGACAUCAUAUUCCUCGUGAAUGAGCAUGAUCUGAUUGGUAUGCAGGCCUGGCUGGAGGGCUACCAUCACACAAACACUACAGGAAUGGACUGGUCUCCACUUCAAGGCCGUGGUGGUUCAAUCCAGGCAGCUCUGUCCCUGGAGCUCAGCAGUGAUGUGAUCACCAGUAUGGACCUGGUACUGGAAGGCCUCAAUGGCCAGCUCCCAAACCUGGAUUUAGCGAACCUCUUCUAUGCCUUCUGUCAGAAGAUCGGAGUCCUCUGCACCAUCCAGGGCAAGCUGCAGAGGAAUGACUGGGACAGUGUGUCAGGCUACAGCCAUUCAGUCCAGACCAUGAUGCUGAUGGUAAUGAAGCAGGCCAGUGGGCGGCCUUGGGGCGAUCAUGGCCUUUUCCUGCGAUACCACAUUGAGGCCGCCACCGUCAGGGGCAUCAACAGUUUUCGUCAGUACAAGACUGACACCACCACGAUCGGCAGGCUCCUGGAAGGAAUGUAUCGUAAGCUGAAUAAUCUCCUAGAGCGCCUGCACCAGUCCUACUUCUUCUACCUCAUGCCCUCCCUCUCUCACUUUGUCUCCAUUGGUUACUACAUGCCAGCCUUCGGCCUCCUCGCCGUCAUCCUGCUGCUUCGUGCCUUAGACCUGUGGGUUCAACUCGCCACUCCUCCACAGAGAACCGAAGAUGGAGUCCCUGACACUGAGCAGAUGUCCAGUCCAGGAGUGCUGUCAGUGUUGACUCCUCUGGUGAUCAGCCAUCUGACAGGAGUAGCUCUGUACACCCUGCCAAUCCAGUUUCAGGAGAUGGCUGUCGAACACUUCCCGGUAUCUGAGACCGAGGCUGUGGUCCUGACAGCCAUUGCAGUUUACACAGCCGGCCUGGCUUUGCCUCAUAACACACACAGGCUGCUGUCAGGCGAGGGGACGGAGCAGGGCUGGAAGGUGUUGAAGCUGGUGGCUGUGCUGUACCUGGCUGUGCUCCUGGGUUGCACCGCCCUCAUCAAUUUCUCCCUGGGCUUCAUCCUGGCUCUCACUCUGGUGCCCGUGGCUGCUUUCGUCACACCCCACGUGCCAAAGGUUCUUUCCGCCUUCAUCCUGGUCAUCCUCAGCCCAGCCUGCACACUCCUCUUUUCUGUCUUUUUCUUCCAAGAGCUGCAGGAAGUGCCUACCAGCUUCCAGGAGGGUUGGUUGCUCUACCUGUCAGUCAUCUCACAGGGCAUCCUGGACCACUUCCUGUACGGCUCUCUGGUUUACCCUCUCAUAGCUCUGCUGGUUUACCCAUGCUGGCUGCUUUUCUGGAACAUUCUCUUCUGGAAGUAAACGCCAGUCAUACAGGACUACUGAAGGCUUUCAUGGAGAGAAAACCCCUCUGAGGUGGUCUCAGGUUUGUCUUCACUCUGGGAAACGUGAAUGACAUGAAUAAAAUCCACUGGAGAGUUUGGAAAAAAAGAUGAUUGUCUAUAGUUGACCUGGAAAGAAUGCAGCAACUGUUUUUUGGGACUUUUUGUUGGUUGAAAGUGAUUUAAUUCUCUAAACAUUUGAGGUUUUCAUGAUGAAAUAAAGCAGAACGGACUGUUUUGUACUGUACGUCAUACUCACAUGAUUAAGUGGAAGAGGGGUUGAUCUUUUCAAAUAUAAAUGACAUGCUUGAGUUGCUUCCUGUUCAAGAUUUUGGUUUAAGGAUUUUCUUUGUUGUACAUGAAGAAAAUGACUGCACUGCUGUUUUGUUUCUUUAAGAUCUUGUUUUACUGGGUAGGAUGGUGAUGCAUGAAACAUCUGUUGGAGAAACAACCUGUUUGGCUCAUAGUCUGCCUCAUUUUAAUAUGUGUAUACAUCUGCUGUUGAACAAGCCAUCACUACAUCCAAUAUUUUUAUACUUGUUUUGAUAACUUUAUUUGAAACGUGUUUAUUUCGUAUUUAUAAAUGCCAAAUUAAAAGACUAAAAGAG